UGGUAGGAAGUGUUAGGACCCCGAACGGUCUAAACACCCGAGUAGAUGUGGUACUUACGCCGGCGUCCACUUCUUUGCAGUAAACAAACAUAAAUUUAAAGUAUUCUCUUCUACCUCUUCUCGUCUGCAAUGGCUGGAAACUUUUGGCAAAGUUCUCAUUAUCUGCAGUGGGUGCUGGACAAGCAGGACCUCAUGAAGGAACGACAGAAGGACCUCAAGUUCCUCUCUGAGGAAGAAUACUGGAAGCUGCAGAUCUUCUUUGCCAACGUCAUUCAGGCUUUGGGAGAACACUUGAAACUGAGGCAACAGGUUAUCGCCACUGCUACUGUCUACUUCAAACGUUUCUAUGCAAGAUAUUCCCUAAAAAGUAUCGACCCAGUUCUCAUGGCUCCUACCUGUGUUUUCUUAGCUUCCAAGGUGGAGGAAUUCGGAGUGGUUUCCAACACGAGGCUGAUCUCCGCAGCCACGUCUGUGUUGAAAACAAGAUUCUCCUACGCCUUUCCAAAGGAGUUCCCUUACAGGAUGAAUCAUAUCUUAGAGUGCGAGUUCUACUUGUUGGAGUUGAUGGACUGCUGCCUGAUCGUUUACCACCCAUACAGACCACUUCUGCAGUACGUGCAGGACAUGGGCCAGGAGGACAUGCUGCUGCCACUGGCCUGGCGCAUCGUGAAUGACACCUACAGGACGGACCUGUGUCUGCUUUACCCUCCCUUCAUGAUCGCCCUGGCGUGUCUCCAUGUGGCAUGCGUGGUGCAGCAGAAGGAUGCCAGGCAGUGGUUUGCAGAGCUGUCGGUGGACAUGGACAAGAUUCUCGAGAUCAUCCGUGUCAUCCUCAAACUGUACGACCAGUGGAAGAACUUUGAUGACCGCAAGGAGAUAGCCGCCGUGCUCAAUAAGAUGCCCAAACCCAAACCGCCUCCCAACAGCGAGAACGAUCAGAGCUCCAACGGCAACCAAAGCAACUCGUACAACCAGUCGUAGCGCAAGCACAUCAAAAUGAGUGAAUUUGACCUUGACCCCCUUUUCCCCCUCCUCUGAGCUGCUAUGGCAGUCAAAAGGGAGGAGGGAUGAUGACGAUCAACACCAUCACCAUCCUGAUGUCCUUGAACGUCACACAGGAGGACACAAAACUUGAUCACAACUCUGUGUUGGGAGGGGCCUGUGAGUAACGUGUGCGAGUAACAUGUUUCAUGUGUAGCGUGUGUCUGAGUGUGCGUGUGUAUUGCUCAGGGUGCAGUAGUGAUGUCCACUAGGAAUAAUGUCACUUUGUUUUUUCACAAUACAAUUUACUUUUUAACCACCUUCAUUUUGUAAAUAUGCCCACAUUCUUUUAUGAUUCCACUGAUUUUCAAUUCCAUCUUAGAUUUGAUGCCCGCCUUCCCCAACUGAAAUAGAAGCUCUUUUGUUAACUUUUUUCUUUUAAUUUUGCAUUUAUUUAAUUAUGGAAUUAAUGACCUGUGCACAAAUGUGUGAAUGUGUAGUUUUGUGGUUUCUGUGUGUACCAAUGACGAGGUACUUUCAAAGCCUUACAAAAUUAAAGCUGCUGACGUUGAGAUCCAUUUUGGGAUGUAAACUAUGAAAACUAUUGUUUUCUUUCCCUUGGAGGAUUUUGCACACAUUCCUGAAGCAUGUUUGUUUUCUCCCUGAGUGAUUUUCAUCAUAGACACACGCACACUUGUUACUGUUGAUGCACAUUAAAUAUAAGCAACAUUUUGACUAAUGUAUGCGCUGACGUCACAGAGAGAAAUGCAGCAUUGCAUGGGAGGGGGCAUGGGGCACUUAACUAUACAUGACUGUUGACAGGAGUCUCAAUUUUUUUGUUUUUUAGAUAAAGGGCUUGAUUUCACCUGACUGGAAUAUUCCGUUACCUGAAACCGUUUUGUCUACUUGAAUAUAAUGCUAAUAAAAUGUUUGGUGCAACAA